UUAUCACUUUUCAUCAGCACAAGCUAAGACAUGACUUCUGUACUACACUACUCACUCCUGCUGCUCCUGCUUGGAGUGGUGAUUCUCACCACUCCAGUGCUAGCUAAUUUGAAGCCACGCUUCUUCUAUGAGCCUCCUCCAAUUGAGAAACCCCCCACCUAUGAACCUCCACCAUUUUAUAAGCCCCCAUACUACCCACCACCAGUGCACCACCCUCCACCAGAGUACCAACCACCCCAUGAAAAAACACCACCUGAGUAUCUACCUCCUCCUCAUGAGAAACCACCACCAGAAUACCUACCUCCUCAUGAGAAACCGCCACCAGAAUACCAACCUCCUCAUGAGAAACCACCCCAUGAGAAUCCACCACCGGAGCACCAACCACCUCAUGAGAAGCCACCAGAGCACCAACCACCUCAUGAGAAGCCACCACCAGAGUAUGAACCACCUCAUGAGAAACCACCACCAGAAUACCAACCACCUCAUGAGAAGCCACCACCAGAAUACCAACCACCUCAUGAGAAACCACCACCAGAAUACCAACCACCUCAUGAGAAGCCACCACCAGAGCACCAACCACCUCAUGAGAAGCCACCAGAGCACCAGCCACCUCAUGAGAAGCCACCACCAGAGUAUCAACCACCUCAUGAGAAACCACCACCAGAAUACCAACCUCCUCAAGAAAAGCCACCACAUGAAAAACCACCGCCAGAAUACCAACCUCCUCAUGAAAAGCCACCACCAGAACACCAACCUCCCCAUGAAAAGCCACCACCAGUGUACCCACCCCCUUAUGAGAAACCACCACCAGUGUAUGAACCCCCUUAUGAGAAGCCACCCCCAGUAGUGUAUCCACCUCCUCAUGAGAAACCACCCAUUUAUGAGCCACCGCCAUUGGAGAAGCCACCGGUCUACAAUCCCCCACCUUAUGGCCGCUAUCCACCAUCCAAGAAAAACUAAUAACCACUUGCCUGCGUCACAUGUUUUGGUCUACUCAAACUUAGACCUGCCCUUUGUCAUAUAAAGCUUUUUGUUUCUGUUUAAGAUCUCAAGUACAAUAUGUCCCUUCUGCAUGCACUACUUCUUCAAAAUAAAGGCUUUAUGCCUAUGUAUAAUACUCUACUUUAAUUCUCCUUUCAGCAUCGAUAUUGUAAUGUCAACUACUAGUGUGGGUUUAUCUAUGGCUAUAAUAA